GGUGGGGGUGGUGGAGGUGGUUCCGGAUAUGGAUCCGGAUCUGGGAGUGGUUCUGGUUCUGGUUUUGGGAGUGGUGGUGGAUCUGGCUAUGGAUUUGGUAAAGGUGUAGGUGUUGGUUAUGGAAGUGGAGGCGGUGGAGGUGGUGGCUUAGGAUACGGAUCUGGGAGUGGUACUGGUUAUGGAUCUGGCUUUGGUUCUGGGAGUGGUAGUGGAUAUGGGGUUGGAGGAGCUACAAGUGGACAUGGCUAUGGGAGUGGUGGGGGAGGUGGAGGUGGAGGUGGUUUCGGAUAUGGAUCCGGAUCUAAUAGUGGAUCUAGCUAUGGUUCAGGGAGUGGUAGUGGCUCUGGCUAUGGAUCAGGAGUAGCUACAGGUGGAAGUGGAAGUGGCUUUGGAUCCGGUAGUGGUUUUGGCCAUGGUUUUGGGAGUGGUAGUGGCUAUGGACAUGGAUCUGGAUCUGGAGUGGUAGUGGGUGGGGGUUAUGGAAGUGGCUCCGGAUCUGGUACUGGCUCUGGCCAGGGUUCAGGAAGUGGUAAUGGCGCAGGACAUGGAUCUGGAGUUGCUAUAGGUGGUGGUAAUGGAAGUGGAGGUGGAAGUGGCUCAGGAUCUGGAAGUGGUUCAGGUCAUGGUUCAGGGACUGGAAAUGGCUCUGGAGUAGCUGUAGGUGGUGGUUAUGGAAGUGGAAGUGGUUCUGGUCAUGGGUCAGGGAGUGGUAGUGGCUCUGGAGUAGGUGCGGGUGGUGGUUAUGGAAGUGGAAGUGGUUCUGGUCAUGGKUCAGGGAGUGGUAAUGGCUCUGGAGGAGGUGCGGGUGGUGGUUAUGGAAGUGGCUCUGGAUCUGGUAGCGGUUCUGGCCAUGGUACAGGGAGUGGUAGCGCAUCUGGUGGCAGUUCUGGAAAUGGAAGUGGCUCUGGAUCUGGACAAGGAUCCGGUAAUGGUUCCGGCCAUGGUUCAGGGAGCGGUAGCAACUCAGGUGGUGGCUAUGGAAGUGGAAGUGGCUCAGGGUCUGGAUAUGGAUCUGGUGGCGGUUCCAGUCAUGGUUCAGGGAGUGGUAGUGGCUCUGGAGUAGGUGUAGGUGGUGGUUAUGGAAGUGGAGGUGGAAGUGGCUCUGGAUCUGGAUAUGGAUCUGGUAGUGGUUCCAGCCAUGGUUCAGGAAGUGGUAACGGCUCUGGUGGGGGCUAUGGAAGUGGAAGUGGAAGUGGCUCUGGGUCUGGAUAUGGAUCUGGUAGCGGUUCCGGCCAUGGUUCUGGGAGUGGUAGCGGUUCUGGCAGUGGAUAUGGAAGUGGAAGUGGAAGUGGCUCCGGAUCUGGUAGCGGUUCCAGUCAUGGUUCAGGGAGUGGUAGUGGCUCUGGAGUAGGUGCAGGUGGUGGUUAUGGAAGUGGCUCCGGAUCUGGAUAUGGAUCUGGUAAUGGUUCUGGUCAUGGUUCAGGAAGUGGUAGCGGCUCUGGUAGUGGCUAUGGAAGUGGAAGUGGAAGUGGCUCUGGAUCUGGUAGUGGUUCCGGCCAUGGCUCAGGGAGUGGUAGUGGCUCUGGAGUAGGUGCAGGUGGUGGUUAUGGAAGUGGAUCUGGAUCUGGAUAUGGAUCUGGUCAUGGUUCAGGAAGUGGUAGCGGCUCUGGUAAUGGCUAUGGAAGUGGAAGUGGAAGUGGCUCUGGAUCUGGAUAUGGAUCUGGUAGUGGUUCAGGCCAUAGUUCAGGGAGUGGUAGCGGCUCUGGAUCUGGAUAUGGAUCUGGUAACGGUUCUGGCCAUGGUUCAGGGAGUGGUAGUGGCUCUGGAGUAGGUGUAGGUGGUGGUUAUGGAAAUGGAGGUGGAAGUGGCUCUGGAUCUGGAUAUGGAUCUGGUGGUGGUUCCGGCCAUGGUUCAGGGAGUGGUAGCGGUUCUGGUAGUGGAUAUGGAAGUGGAAGUGGCUCCGGGUCUGGAUAUGGAUCUGGUAUCGGUUCUGUUCUGGAUAAAGUCCCGUACCGAGGCCCUCAUAGCUUGCCAGUGGAAGUCAGCAUGAAUGCGAUGCAACGUUUUUUGAAUGCCCUCGUGUGUCGAGUGGUGUAUGCUAGCGAUGAUGAAGGGGAUGAGGGGGCAAUCAGCAGUGUGUUCCGAAUGUCUUCUAGCAGGGUGGCUCGUGGUUGGGAGAUCGCAUGGAGGAGCAUACUAUCUUCUUCUCGUCGAGACAGGGCAUCCGCUGCACAGUUCAAGGAUCCUGCCUUAUAG